AUGUCUCAUGCACCGGCCGUCUCCUCCCCCCAGGACCACCGCUAUGCGUCAAUGGCCGCCACAACCUCGCUGUAUCCCGGGACCUAUCGUGCUAUUCUCCGUAUGAACAAGCACUUUGCCUCACAGGUCAAAUAUGUUAUUGUCGAGACCUACAACCUCGGUGUCUUACACCACGCCAGAUUCAACUCGAACAUCCUCGAGGAACCUCUACCAAGCUACUUGAAUUCCGUCUUCCCCGGACUGAGGGGCCUGCUGGCUCUCAAUGUUCCACAUCUUUGUCUUCGCGGCCUGAUCAUCGCCGUAGCUCCUGAUGCGGGCUACCUCAGGUCCCCAUUCCUCUACGCCCUCAUAGACCGAGCCAUCAUGGCCAACCUCGACCCCAAAUGCUACACCCGGCCCAACCUGACAGACUACCGAAAUCUCCGGGACAACAAUUCCUGGACAAUUGACUCGGCCCAGGCCCAUCCGGACCGCGUGGUGCUGGACAUCAUGCGCCGCAGAUCCUUCCUCAGCAAACUUCGCAGACAUAUCGAUGUCAUUUUUGUCGACGCAGGCCGCCUCCAUUUCAUGGCUUCGGUAAGGAGCAAUGAAAUAGUCCAGUGGGUGUCGGAACUCCCCGCCGACCAGUUACUGCUCGACGAGGAUCUGUUUCGCAGAAUGUUUAGCAUCGACGUGGUUCAAGACUUGCUCAGUGAUCUUAGCUUGGAAUUGCGGGCAGCCUUUGUCGAUGCCAUACGCUACAAGUUUCAAGAGGUCUAUCUACGCUCCUCCACGAGCCAGAUUACACACGUGGACUAG